AUGAGCAGCAUCACCAGCACGAGCAUCCUCUCCGAGAGGCAGAAGGAUGAGCUGCACAAAUCCAUCCUCGAUUACUUCAAGACCAAUGGGCUCAACGAGUCCUAUGCGACGCUGAUGCGAGAAGCCGGCCAAGAUGGAUUCGUGCCGGACCCCAAGGCGAAAUACGCCGGUUUGCUCGAGAAGAAGUGGACCUCGGUCAUCCGGCUGCAGAAGAAGAUUAUGGAGAUGGAGUCGCGGAUGACUUCGUUGCAAGAAGAGCUUGCUGCUGCGCCGUCAGCCAAGCGGUCUGCGUCGCUGAAUGAUUGGGUGCCAAGGGCGUCUGCGAGACACACCAUGCAAGGGCACCGAUUGCCCGUGACAAAGGUCGCUUUCCACCCAGUGUUCAGCCAAGUAGCAACAGCGUCAGAAGACACGACGGUCAAGCUGUGGGAUUGGGAGACAGGGGAUUUCGAACGGACGCUCAAGGGGCACACAAAGGCAGUGCAGGACGUAGACUUCGAUAGCAAAGGCAGCUACGUCGUCUCCUGCUCCUCGGACCUCUCGGUCAAGGUGUGGGAUGCGAACAAUGACUACAAGAACAUCAAGACGCUGCACGGGCACGAUCACAGCGUCUCAUCGGUCAAAUUUCUGCCAGGGGACGACUUCAUUGUGUCCGCGAGCAGGGAUAAGACGAUCAAGAUCUGGGAGUUCUCCACGGGCUUCUGCACAAAGACGCUGCACGGACACGCAGAAUGGGUACGGUCAGCGAUACCGAGCGAUGAUGGGAGGUGGUUGGUCAGCUGCUCGACGGAUCAAACGGCGAGGAUAUGGGAGCUGUCGACGGGAGAGACGAAGGUCGAGCUGCGCGGGCACGAGCAUGUGGUGGAGGUGGCCAUCUUUGCCCCCAUCGCUUCAUACACCGCUAUUCGAGAACUCGCAGGAUUGACCGCACCAAAGGACGCUUCAGCCACAGCACCAGCACAGUUCGUAGCCUCAGGCUCGAGAGACAAGACCAUCCGCAUUUGGGACAGCGCAGGCCAAUGCCUCAAGACCCUGGUUGGGCACGACAAUUGGGUCAGAGGCCUCGCCUUCUCCCCCAACGGCAAAUAUCUGCUCUCCGUAUCCGACGACAAGACGAUGCGCAUCUGGGAGCUCAAGACGGGCAGAUGCACCAAGACGAUCGAUGCGCACCAGCACUUUUGCACCAGCGUCGCAUGGGGGAAGGCCAAGAUCGAAGCGAGUGUCCCACCAGCUCAGGACGGAGAUGCAGCAAUCGCGACGAACGGCAGCAAGGCGGCAGAGGCUAGGACGGUCAACGUGGUAGCGACGAGCAGUGUGGAUCUCACCGUCAAAGUGUGGACGCCAUGA